UAUGGCUCCCCUCUCGUAGUGAUGGAGGCGCAUCGUUGACAACAAAACAAACCUGUGACUUUAUUCAUUUAUUUGUCCACUGACACAAGUUGGAUUUAGGAUGCAGAAGAUAAAGUCUCUCAUGGCCCGGCAGGGCCUGAAAAGCCCCCAGGAGAGUAUGGCAGACCUCAGUCCUGUGGAGAAUCUGAGGAUCCCGAGCAAGGAGGAGUUGCGGGAGCUGAGGGAGCAGCCCAUCGACCCCCAGGCAGAGCAGGAGAUGAUCGACAGCAUCGAGGAGGUCUACUUCUCUAACGACUCCUUCGACAUGGUGCAGCACGAACUGGAGAAACUACCACCUGAGCUGAACCUGCAGGAGCUGGAGGAGUACAGAGACAAGCUGAAGAGACAACAGGCAGCAGUUUCUAAAAAGGUCGCUGAUCUCAUUCUGGAGAAACAACCCUCUUAUGUCAAGGAACUGGAGCGAGUGACGGCCUUACAGACCAACCUGCAGCUGGCAGCAGUCAUUUGCACUAAUGCAAGGAGGCAACUGACCGUGGCGAAGGAGGGGUUCACAGAAGCCAGCUUGGGUUUGUUGGCCAAUCAGAGGAGACGACAACUGCUGACGGGCCUGCUGAAGUCACUGAGGACCAUCAAGACGCUGCAAAGAACAGAUGUAAGACUCAGCGAGAUGCUCGAGGAGGAAGACUAUCCAGGUGCGAUCCAGCUCUGUCUGGAAUGUCAAAAGGCUGCCAGCACCUUCAAACACUACAGCUGCAUCAGCGAAUUGAAUUCCAAACUGCAAGACACUCUGGAGCAAAUAGAGGAACAGCUUGAUGUCGCCCUUUCGAAGACUUGUAAGCACUUUGAUGUUUCGCACUACACCAAGGUCCAGCUGGCCUACACCCUCCUGGGCAAGACACAGACUGCUAUGGACCAGCUGCACAUGCACUUCACCCAGGCCAUCCACAACACGGUGUUCCAAGUGGUGCUGGGAUAUGUGGAGCUGUGUGCCGGCAACGCUGAUACCAAGUUUCAGAAGAUGCAGUACAAGGACCUGUGCACGCAUAUCACUUUGGACAGCUACAUUCCCUGCCUGACAGAUCUGUGCAAGGCAUUGUGGGAGGUGAUGCUGAGCUACCACCGCACCAUGCAGUGGCACGAGGAGCAUGACAAACAGGAUACCACACCCACUCCAGAUGACGCAGCAGCAGCAGAGUCUGACGAGUCGGUGGUGGACCGCAGCUAUGUGAAGAAAAAGCUGGAGCAUGGACUGACAAGGAUCUGGCAGGAUGUCCAAUUGAAAGUGAAGGCCUACAUCUUGGGGACAGACAUGUCCAACUUCAAAUACGAUGAUUUCAUAGUGGUGCUGGAUGUCAUCAGCAGGCUGAUGCAGGUGGGUGAGGAGUUCUGCGGCAGCAAGUCAGAGGUCCUGCAGGAGUCUAUCAAACGUCAGAGUGUCAACUAUUUUAAACAUUAUCACAGGGCACGGCUGGAAGAGCUGAGGAUGUUUCUGGAAAAUGAGACGUGGGAACUCUGCCCGGUCAAGUCUAACUUUAACAUUGCUCAGCUCCAUGAAUUUAAGUUCAUGGGCCAGUGUCGCUCUCCGUCCGUUUCCCCGAGCAGACAGGCCACUUCCUCUACCAGCCAGACUCAGGAGGAGCUGUCUCUGUUCCAGCAGUACCUUCAGGAGGGAAACCCCUUUGAGAUGCAUGCUGAGAACAAAGAGGAGGAGACAGAGGAUGUGCUGGCAUCAAAUGGGUAUGAGUCGGAUGAGCUGGAGAAGAGUGUCUAUCAAGAUUAUGACAGCGACAGUGAUGUCCCAGAGGAGCUCAAGCAGGACUACGUUGACGAGCAGACGGGCGAUGUCCCGCUCAAGAGUGUGUCCCGAGAGACCAUAAGAAGCAAGAAAAAGUCUGACUACAACCUCAAUAAGACCAAUGCACCAAUCCUCACCAACACCACCCUCAACGUCAUCCGGCUUGUCGGGAAGUAUAUGCAGAUGAUGAACAUCCUGAAGCCAAUCGCCUUUGAUGUCAUCCAUUGUGUGUCGCAGCUCUUCGACUACUACCUGUACGCUGUAUACACCUUCUUUGGACGCAAUGACAUGUAUGAGUCAUCGGGCCUGGGUCUUAUCAGCAGCAGACUGAGAACCACACUGAACCGGAUCCAGGAGAGCCUCAUUGACAUGGAGGCAGUGGGGGAGAAUACAGGGGUCCACAGCGCAGCAGAGGACAGGAAGGAGAAGGUGCCCAGCCCCCAUCUCAGCCAACUGGUGGUCCUCACUAACAGUGGGACUCUCUAUGGGCUCGCACAGAGGGUGGUGGCCACUGAGUCUCUCGUGUUUCUCGCCGAGCAGUUUGAAUCCCUCCAGUCCCACCUGGACACAAUGAUGCCUGCAGCCAAGAAGCCCUUCCUGCAACAGUUUUAUUCACAGACGGUGUCUACAGCCAGUGAACUUCGGAAACCAAUAUACUGGAUUGUUGCAGCCAAGGCCAUCGACUACGAACAAAUGUUGCUCAUGAUGGCUGGAGUUAAAUGGGACAUUAGGGAGAUAAUGUCACAGCAUAAUGUCUAUGUGGAUGUCCUGUUAAAGGAAUUUGAGCAAUUUAACAAGCGCCUGGAGGAUGUUUCCAGACAUGUGCGUAUCCCGCUGCCUGUGUCCAACGUCCUGUGGGAGCACUGCAUCCGCCUGGCCAACAGGACUCUAGUAGAAGGCUAUGCUAAUGUAAAGAAAUGUAGCAACGAGGGCCGGGCCCUGAUGCAGCUGGACUUCCAACAGUUCCUCAUGAAGCUGGAGAAGCUGACCGACCUGCGACCCAUCCCUGAUAAAGAGUUUGUUGAGACCUACAUCAAGGCUUAUUACCUGACGGAGAAUGACAUGGAGCAGUUCAUCAAGAAUCACAGGGAGUACUCCAUGAAGCAGCUAGCCAACUUGGUGAACGUCUGUCUGGGUUCACAUAUAAACAAGAAGGCACGUCAGAAACUCCUGGCGGCCAUCGAUGACAUCGACAGACCCAAGAGAUAGGUCUACGCACGGAGCAGGCCCCGGACGUACCCACCAGCCACAGAGAUGGACACUCCAAACAGAGGAGCUCCCACAGCGGAGCUCAGCGUAGAAUGUCUUCAUUUACAGUUUACAUGUUGUGGUGUGUUCAGCAAGCUGUACAGCACAUACAGAAGUAGAGAUACCGUAAACAGCAGCUCAAAUGUUAGCCAAAUUAAUUGUUAAUAAUUAGCUAAUUAUCUGUUAAUGUACAACCCUGAUGUGCUCAAAAACACAACUUCAUGAUAUCCUGAUGAACAUUAAUACUAACACUUUCACUCUCCAGCAUGCUGCAGUUACUAUGUGCAUACAGUAAAUGCAUGCUCUUACAUUGUCAUUUAACAAACAUGGCUUAUGAAGUUUUUCUGCGAAAUGAUCCGCAACCACAACAAUUUUAAUCUCUUCAAUGAACCAUGAGUAACAGAUCUUGAGAUUUACAUAAAUAAUCGUACCUAACAGUGUAAUGUGAAGUGUAGCUUGACCACAUUUAUGGCAUCUAUUUUCACCAAAUGUGCUCAACUUCUGAUACAACUGUUGUAAAGUUAUGCGGUUAAAAAGUCCCAAAUACAGAUCUCAGAACAGCCUAUAGUAGUUAUAAACCUCCACUAUUUGCUUCAAAACUUUACCACAUGAUUGAUUGAUGUGGAGAUACAGUAAAUCUGAGUUAUUUCUCACUUUAAUCAUUCAUUUUAAGUUAUUCCAGCCCUUUGCUGUAUAUUAUUAUUUUACUUCAGGUUUUUCGGGACCUAAUUGGACGCUCUUCUUCUUUGGUUUGUUUGUUUUUUCCAUUAAUUACAUAAAUCUAAUAUAAUGAUGAUUCUGAAAAUAAUAUAAAUUGCUGUAGUUAGCGUUAACAUAGAGUAUAUCUGCACUAGCUGCAUUUGUUUGUGAGUCAUAUCUGAGGAGUUGUUGUGAAAGAGCUUUGAAUCCGGUUCUUGUUUUGUAGGUUUGUGCAGUCAGGUACUGAUUAUGUGAUUUCUCAUGAGUUAGUAGUUGAACUGUGUCAACUACACAUGCUUUCCUACAAAGCUUUAAGGCUCCCCGCUCCAGUCAUCUCCCAUUAGUUCAACUUGACCACACUGGCCAAGAUUGAUUUACUGUCAAAAGGUUGGGAGGGAAAAAAUGAAGUAACAGUUUUUGAUAAUGGCUUCAAAUUUUGUGUGCAACUAUUCUAAGAUGAAUACUGUAAAUGUGAAUGUUUUGAACAAUGUCUGUAUUUAUUUCUUGC